AUGCCUAGUCCUAUCAACCGGAAAGCAUUUACUACAAAUCGACUUUCGCAAGUGAACGCCACUGAGACUCUCCCAGAAGCCGCUGCCGCCUCUUUACGGGACCUUGCUGGCGAUGCACAAGCAAGAAACGCUCGCGAGAUAGCGAGAGAGUCUGUCGAGGGCCUAAUCCGUGACGAGGCCACCAUCCGAGCCCUCGAAGGCCAGGCGCCUCCAUCGGCAGACGCAAUACCCGUCGGUGCCAUCAGGCGACAGAGCACGUUCUCGAGUCGCGGCGAUGAAUAUGUCAGCGACGACGAGGAGACAGAAGUCGUCAGUGCUACUCUGAUCAGCUUCGACGUCGAGGCCACUGAGUCGACAGACACGCCGACGACGGGCUUCUGGUCGGCCGAGCUGCGGCCCAAUACAAGCGGCGAACAGGGCACUGUCCGACAGGAGCCCCUUUACCGCGACAAUGCACUAACACGACUUCCGUCCGUUAUCGCAACAGACAUACUCACGGUCGUGUCAUCAUACAUACUCAUCGCGCCGUACGAAGCUUUCGCGCUACGGUUUCUUGCAAGGUCGUGGCGCAUGCAGCACGGAUUGCCCAUUGCGGACAUUUAUGAUCUCAGUCCCAUACGGUGCUUCUCGUGGACGGCCGUCGCGAAUUUCCUCGGUUUGGAGCUGUGCCAUCUCGUUAUAGAGUCGGAACUGUGGGCUUCAAUGGUGAUGUUGGCAACUUCGUUCAGCAUCUCCGAGGAGGACUGGAACAAGAACCAGGAGGCUGAGGCAAACGAAUCCAAUGAAUAA